AUGGCAGCCAAGAGGGUAGUGGUAUACCGGAAUGGGGACCCUUUCUGCCCAGGUCGCCAAAUGGUGGUCUCUCAGCGCCGCUUCCCCACCAUGGAGAUCUUCCUCAGUGAGGUAACGUCAGUUGUGCAGGCCUCAUUGGCUGUGCGUGCCCUCUACACGCCUUCUCAUGGCCACCCUGUCACUGACAUGGCCAACCUGCAGAACGGAGGACAGUAUGUGGCUGCUGGCUUCGAAAGAUUCUGCAAGCUCCACUAUUUACCCCCUGGAGGGAAGGCUCGAGGUCGGAAAAGCAGCAGACUACCAGGCCGACCUGUCACUCAGCACCCAGGCGAUGGGGGCCUUGGACGGAGGCUACCUGCAGGGUCCCCCUGCUAUAUCCAUGUGUUCAGGAAUGGGGACCUAUUAAGUCCCCCAUUUGACCUGAAGCUGACCCAGGCUGCCAGCGAGGACUGGGAAACAGUGUUGAAGCUCCUGACCGAGAAGGCCAAAUUGCAGAGUGGGGCUGUGUGCAAGCUCUGCACCCCGGAGGGGCUCCCAGUGUCAGCAAGGGAGGCUCUGGUGAGCGGCCAGUACUAUGUGGCUGUUGGGGCAGAGGAGUUCAAGGCCCUCCCCUAUCUGGAGCUGCUGGCGCCUAGUCCCUCACUGCCCAGGGGCUGCUGGCACGCCCGAGACCCAAAGCCUAGGCACCACAGGCAGGAGGCCCAUGGCUCUAGGGCACAGGCAACCCAGCCCUCUCCAAAGGAACUAAGCCAAAUUGAGCCAUCUGCUUUCUAUGCCAAACCCCAGCAGGCUACUCAGCUAAGAAGCGUGGUCCCCUCUUUCUCAUUUCCAUCAGGAGUCAAGGGAGUGUACGGGGCUCCCCGCCCAAGAAAGGAGACAGAGGGGGCCCAGGAAGUAGCAGAUGAUGAAGACACCCAGACAGAGGAACCCUUGGAUCAGAGGGCAGCACAGAUAGUGGAAGAGGCCCUGGAAAACCAGCCUGGGGCUGGGGCAGCUCUCUCAACCUCCACACCUGCUCUGCCAUCUUGA